GAAAAAAGAGUGAACAUGGUGGUGCCCGACAAUGGAGGCGGAGAAGGGUUUAGUUUGAGUUACACGACAGCGUUUUCGAAGAAAAUGGGUGACGAACCAGAGUACGAGGAUCAAAAUGAGUCAGGUAUCGUAGUAGUCAAGGAAGAGCCGGUAGUUGAAUCGAACGGCGAAGAUUAUCACGAAGCUUUGUUGAAAUCGGUUAAAGAGGAAGAAGAGGAUGAAGAAACGGAAGUCAUUUAUGAUAUGAUGAACGGAUGGGGUCUUGACAACGUAGUCUGUAAUAACGGGUCGCCUUCUUUCAGUUCAUCUGACCAUUUGCCAAAACCAAUGAAAGGAUUAAACGAGUCGGGUCCUCCACCGUUUCUGAGAAAAACAUAUGAGAUGGUUGAGGAUCCAGAAACCGACCCGAUUGUUUCCUGGAGCUUUAACUGCAACAGCUUCAUUGUUUGGGAUUCUCAUAAGUUCUCCGAAGAUCUCCUUCCCAAAUACUUCAAGCACAAGAACUUUUCCAGCUUCAUCCGCCAACUAAACACUUAUGGGUUUAGAAAGAUUGAUUCAGAUAGAUGGGAAUUUGCAAAUGAAGGGUUUCAAGGAGGAAAGAAGCAUUUGCUGAAAAACAUUAAGAGGAGAAGCAGAUAUAAUAACAGGCAACAAGGAGGAGUUUUUUGUGUUAACAAUUCAACAAGUAAUAUUGGGUUGGAAGCUGAGGUGGAGAUAUUGAAGAAAGAUAGGAGCGUACUGCAAUUGGAACUUUUGAAACUGAGGCAACAACAAGAAGAAUCAAAUCAUCAGCUGAGUACUGUUCACGAGCGAAUUCGUUUCGCCGAGUGUAGGCAGCAACAAAUGUGCAAUUUCUUUGCUAAAAUAGCUAAACAUCCCAAUUUUCUUCAACGAUUGACUCAGAAAAGGAAGCAGCAAAAGAAAGAACUGAUUGAUGAAGCUGAGUUUAACGUGAGCAAGAAGAGAAAAUUGUUGGAGACACCAAUCACAAAGAGGUUGUCUGUGGAUAUGGAACCUGAUGAGUUGUCAAAGCUUUUGCCGGCAGAUCAUACGGAGAACAAGGAUGAGGAUGAUGGAUUGUAUUGUUCCCUUCAAGAUCAAAAGAGCAGUGCAGCAGAAUUGUGCAAUGUUUAUGAUAUUAUGUCGGAAAACCUACUAGGGGAAAGCUCAGGCGUUGAGAAUGUAACAAACGAAGAUCUUUCGUCAGUGAAUGAUUCCAAGAUUUAUCUUGAGCUGGAGGAUUUAAUCAGCUGGAAGCAAUGUAGCCGGGGUGGUUUUGCAAGUGAGUUGGUGGAGCAAACUGGCUGUGUCUGACUCAGACCUGGACUCCUUAACUU